UCAGAGAGCAGGGUAUGAAUAUUAGUUCUAGUCCUGACAAUGCGAUCGAGGUUUGGUUAGUCAUACAAACAACAAACAAACAACCGCUCUGUUUACAUUUAAAUAUUAAACCUAGUUCAAAAUAUAAACGUCGUCGUGCGAAGUAUUGCACAAUGUGUUUGUUAAACAUGUGAGUCUUAGCUGUCAAUGCGUCACAACACUCCUUGCUGCUAUUUAUAAACUGGAAUUUCCCACACUGUAUAUUGAAAUAGAUCCAUGUAAUACAGACAUCAAGUAAAAUGGCUAGAUUCGGAAUAACACGUUUAAUUUUGUUGUGCUGCUGCUUUUCUCUCUUUUCUUCCGCUUUGGAAUUACCCCCGGAUGGUUUCUGGUUCAACUGUGGACUUGACUUCUGUCAAUUUCCUGACGAUUACUGUCGGGUGUUAGAAGGACAGCGGCCAUCGUGUCACACAUGUACUCCGGACGAGUGUAAUACAUUAGACACUCCAUCUCAGUGUUACACACGGUGUAAAGAGCUUGAGCGAGGUGGGCCUGAUCCGGAUACUACCCCAGUGAUGAAAGGGGCACAACUGGGUGACAAUUCGAAUGAAGAAUCUACAAACGAGAAACUUUCCUCGCUUAUAGGGGAAAAUCGAAGACAAUGGAUAGCGAUAUCCGUCCUGAUCUGUGUAAUAGUCGUCGCCAUUAUAUUGCUUGCUAUCAUCCUUAUCAAGAUGUUCAAGAACCAGCGAAUAUUAAUUCGCCGUACUAAAUUCGCACAGGAGGAAACGAGACCAGUGACAGCAGGACCGCUGACAACAGGACCGCAGCAACAGACACGUUUAAAUGACGGUGUGAAUGGUUGUUUCCAAGAAAUAACCGUUGAGCCUGCAGGAGCGAAGCCUGGUCAAAAUGCCAUAGAGCCGGAAAUUGUCAUUGAAAAUCGCCGGGAAGAGAAUAUCCCAUUGCUGCCUCGAGACCAAAACAACGACAAAGAGGCGGAAGGAUUGACAUUAUUCCAACCAUCUGAGCGAUCCGGAAAUGUAGAGAUUCAAUUUUCACCCAAACUUAUGGAUGAUGGUAGUAAAGGAAUGGGUAGAUACAUAAAGGAAUCUGCACACAGUCCCCCUUUCGAGGAAAACAUACCAGUCAUCACCCAACCCAUAGAUGACCAGAGGUCUUCCAAUCUCGCAGACUGCGUCCUCCUUGACAAACAUAAUAUGCAACAGUCAAUGGUGACUGAUAAAGAUUCCAAUACUAGGCGUCAUUCUACCAGAAGCGAUGAAACAGCGAUAAAGGUCGUUGAGUCCACUGAAAACCAUUAUCAGGCUUCCCUCCCGGGAGAUAUCAAGGUACAGGAAAGACCUCGGUCGAUAUCUUACAAAACCACGCCUACAGCCCCUCCAGCCGAGUCCUCCGUUAGUCUAUCAGACAGCGGUCACUAUAGUACCGAAAAUAACAGCCCUACCGGAAGUGUCGAUCUGAAAAACAAUACUAAGAAGCAAUCACAAGCCACUGUACGUGUGAAAUAGGGAUAGGAAGAAUAAGAAGGGAUAGGAAGAGGAUAUGAAGGGAUAGGAAGGGGAUAGGAAGGGAUAGAGGGGAUAGAGGGGAU